AUUUAGUAUACAACAAGACAUUCUGUUUCUUUCGUCUUUUGUUGUUGAUUGUUUAUUUCUAGUUUUUAAACGUUACCAUUUAUUAUAGUCCACACUUCAUAUUCUAUAAUUCAAAAUCCAACAUCCGACUACUGAUUAUCUUUAUAUAUUGGAUAUAUUUUGUUUAGUAUGAAUUUAUUACCUAAUUUAUAACCUGUACAUAUAUCUAUUUCUUUUUUAUUUCUAGAUUACUUAAUACUUUUACGUAAUGUACGUAAUGUAAAAGUAUUAAAUAAUUGAAAUUAUAUAAAAUUAUCAUCCGCAGAUUAUGGUCGAAGUUACUGAAACUAAAGAACAAUUGUCUGCAACUAUUGCCCGUCAUUAUGACAAUGGAGAAAAUGAUAUCUCAGCACGUUUUGAAUCUCGUAUCUUAUAUUUACGAAAUUUUAACAAUUGGGUUAAAUCAACUCUUAUUCGUUAGUUAUAUAUUUUUUUUUCAUUUAAAUUUACUGAGCUUUAAGUUUGUUAUCGUUAUUAUUUAGAGGAAGCUGUGUUAAUGCUUAGGAACUCAAGAAUUCACGAUGGAAAAAUGAAUGUAUUAGAUCUUGCCUGUGGUAAAGGAGGCGAUUUAAUCAAAUGGAAAAAUGCAAGUUGUAUGGAGUAUCUUGUUGCCGUAGAUGUAUCUCAAGGAUCAAUUUUUAACUGUCGGUCACGAUAUGAAGACAUGCAAAGAAGAAAUAGAUACUUAUUUGAUGCUAAGUUUAUUGUAGCAGACUGUACUAGAGUAGGUAUUAUAAAUUUGUUAUUGUUAAAGGACAAUCCAACUCAAAAAGAUCAAUUAUUAUUUUAUUACCCUAAUAAAUAGAACAGUUCAACUAGUAUAAUGAUAAAACUAAAAUUUGUUUGCUAGUUAAUGUGAUUUUUAACAUUGCAUGUGACGUUACGGAUUCAUUCUCCUCGUUUGCGGCCAUAUAAUAUAAUACGCUAAUAUUUAUCCGUUUUUGGUUUAACGCAAAAUAACUGCUAAUGAAUUUUUUUUUUUCGAAUGACCUAAUCAAAUGUAUUUACGAGUACCUCAUAAUCUUCCUAUUCAUAUAAUUAUAUCACAUUUUGAUUUAAUAUUGUAGAAAAAAAUAACACAAAUAUUACGAAUUUACUAAAUAUUCACUGAGAAUGUGUGUAAUAUUGUUUUGACAAUCAUGACAUUUUAGUGGUAUAUUUUUUUCGUUGUAUGUACUAAAAUUGUAGCCAAAGAAAAUUUGUCGAGUUGGAUGGCCCUUUAAUAAAUUAUGUAUUAUCUUCUUAAAUUAGGAGUGUUUCACUGAAAAACUAGAUAACUAGUUGAAUGAAAAAUUGUUUUUAAUACUAAAGUGUAGAAAAGCAAUGGAGCCAAAUAUGUAUCAAACCUGCAUUGAAUAGUAUUAGAAAUGUUGGUGAUAGUCUAGGAGUUGUAGAAGUAAAAAUGAAAUUAGAUUGAGAUUGUGCAUGUUCAAAGAAGAAAAAACAAUAGUUUAAAAGAUUAGUAAGUAAGAUAAGUUUAAAUAGAAGUCGUGAAAGAGGUAAAGAAGGAAAAAAGUGAUUAAACCUUAUUAGAGGAGUGAUGAGGGUAUGUAGAGUAAAUAACGAAUGUUGAUAGGUGGGGCGGAGUAGCUAGUCUGAAAAUAGGAAUUUUUCAGGUUACCUGGAUCGUAUUAUGAAUUUGUGGCAGAAUAAUUUUAUAUAAUAAUAUAUUACUUAAUCAUAUUAACUUUGAUAGACCUUUAAAUUAUUUUACUAUUAUAAUUAAUGCAAGUAUUCACUUAUUAUUUAAAAACGAUGUAGGUAUGAGCAAGCAUUGGAUAUAAAAUUACAAAAUAUUAUAUAAUUAUGAACAUCAAAUAAAACAAAAACAUAACAUUAUUUAUCAACUGGCUAGAAAAAUAAAUUGAAACAUUAUGAAUUUAAUGAUAAAUUGAUUAAAGAAGUAAAAAAAUAAUUGACUGGGUAGGUUAUAAGUAUUCAAUUAUACAAAUGUGUUAAAUACUAUUAUUGAAAGCUUAUAAAUAGUAUUAACAGUACUAAAAAUUAAAAUUAAAGUAAUGAUUGAAUUAUCUUUAUUAUCUCUGUCAAAAUUAAAUUUAUGUAAAGUGGACUACCAGCUGAUUCUCUAAUAAAAUUGAUUUAAACUAGAAUAAUUUAGUUUAUAUACAAAAUUUAAUGAUAAUUAACUUAUUACAAAUAAAAAAAAAAAAAUGAUUCUGAGUGAGUUUAGUUAAAUUUGUUUUGAAAAGUUCAAAAUUAAUAUUUUAUUCAUAUAUUAUUACAAAUUAAAUUACAUACUUCAUAUUUUUUACGGGUUUUAUCAUACAUUUGAACUACUAUAUAUAUAAAAAAAAAAAAAUCCCUAUUACAAAUUCUAGAUAUUUCUAAACGAUUACCCUAAGAAAAACUUAUGAAAAACUUUGUGUAAUUGAAAUCAAAAAAAAAUUUAUCCACAUAAAAUAUAAAUAAAAAUGCUCAAAAUUUUGUGUUGCUAAAAUUAUAUUACUUAUUUCAGUAUUUUAAUUUAGUAGGUGACUAAUAUAAAUAUUUGAUAUAACUUCAAUUCUUAUGAUUAUUUUUAAUAGGAUUAUAACAAUAAAUCAAAAUUGAUUUUAACAGAAAUCGUUAAUAUUCUGAUGUUCUUCCUUUUGGUUUCUUCCCAUUAUCUAGAAAAGUAUCUACAAGGAAAAUAAAAAAAAAACCUAUCUAAUGCACUAAUUAGACUAAUUUUUUACUGGAGAUCACUUCUGAAGUUAAUGUAAAAUUAAAACUUUUAGAUAAAAUAAAGAAAUAUAUGUCAGGAAUCAUUGUAAAACUAACUUUGCUCAAUAUCUAAGAUUUAUUAACAAUUAAGUAAAAUUUAGGUACUGUGAAUAUUACAUUGAUUUCAUUCAAUUCUUAAACUUAUUUUAUUUCUUAGGUGUAUUAUUAGAAAUUAGAUUGUGUUAGUUUAAUAAAAUAGUACUUGAUAUAGUUAUACUUGAUAUAAUUAACUAGGUAAUAAAUGUUAAAAUAAUAGUAUAAUUUGUUAAAUAUAUUAUUUUACACAUAAUAAAUUAUUAUUGAAAAUAUUUUAUGUAGUUUUGUUUGUUCAAAUUAAAACACUGAAAUUGAAAGAACAAUUUGAUUGGUGUACAUUUUAUUAGGUUACUUGGAUAAAUUUUAAUCCCCUGACCUGAAUUUGGUUCUCACUCCGCCCCUGGUUGACCGACAAUGAGAUUUUGAAGGCAGAGAAAGAUUUACAAAUUAUAUGAUGUAGAAAUUAUUAAAUUUAUAAAUAAAUAUUUUUUAGGUACAUAUUAAUAAAUUUUUUAAAAACUCAAGUAUGAAAUUACAUUUAGUAAGUUGUCAAUUUGCAUUCCAUUAUUGCUUUGAAAGCAUAUCACAAGCUGAAUGUAUGCUAAAAAAUGUGUCAGAAAAUCUUAUUAGUGGUGGUAUUUUUAUAGGUACUAUACCUAAUGCUAAUGAGAUAGUGUAAGUAAAAUUAUUAAUAAUGACUCCAAAUUCCUGUACAGAAUUAAUGAUUAAUUUUAUCUUCAAUCUUUAAUUAAUUUAGGAGACGUCAAAAAGAAUGUGGUAAAAAACAAUUUGGUAACAGUAUAUAUAAUAUUGAUUUUAUGUGCAAUAUUGAAGAACCAUUUCCAAUAUUUGGUGCAAAAUAUAAUUUCAAUUUAGAAGGAGUUGUUGACUGUCCAGAGUUUCUAGUAUAUUUUCCUGUUUUAGUAAAGUUAGUUACAUAACAAAGUAUAAAGACAUAUAUCUUUUACUUUUAUAUACUUAUGUGUUGUUUACUGUUAUGUUUUCAGAUUGGCUAAAAAUUAUGGAUUGGAACUAAAAAUGAAAAUGAACUUUAAAGAGUAUUUUGAUAAACAUGCAACCUUAAAUUCAGAUUUGUUAAAUCGUAUAACAGCAUUGGAGGUACUUAAUUAUAAAAUUAUUAUUUAGAAAUUAAUUCUAAUUAAAUAUUAGUUAUCUAUUUAAAUACAAUUAUUAGGUACUUUUUUUAAAUUUUAGAAUGUAGUUUAGAAUGAUGUUCAUUUUUUAUGUAUAUAUAUUUCGUGAACAACUUUUCUACUAGAAAACUUGCUUCGAUCUAUUAAGUGUUGCAUCUUUUCUAAAAGGAAAUUUUAUCUACUUGGUACUUAAGAGAGGUUUUUUUUUGAUUUUCCAUGAGAAAUUUUGCUCCAAUAGAAAAACAUCAAGAAACCUUAAAAAUGUGUUGACAAAAUUUAAAAUAUUUACUUUUUCUAGACCUGGUAAAAUCUUCAGAACAUUUGAGCAAUUUUUGAGAUAUUUAUAGACAUUUUAAUUUUGAUAGUUUUUUUACAUAAUUUUUAUUUGUUAGCUACUCUGGUAGAUAAAUAGUUUUCAGAAAUGCUUGCAAAUUUGAUAGAAGAAUCUAUUAUUAUUAUAAAUAGUACUUAGUGGCAAAAAAGAAAUACAACAUUUAACUAAAUUUUUUCUAAGUUUUAAGAUCAAAUGAUUAAGAAAAUCAUAAAUAUUACAUCAAAACAUGUAUAAGAAUAACCUAAAUUCACUCAGAGUUGUUUUUCGUUAUCAAAUUAUUGCUUACAGGUAUAAAUUAAACAACUUUAUGUAUCCCACCUUUUCUACCUACUUACAAUAGUGGCCGCACCUGUCUCCAAUAUCAGGUUUUUUUUUUUAAAAAAAAAACUAUACUUUUCUACCAGUAAUCUUGCUCUGGUUUUCAAGUGAAAUUUAGGAAAUAUAAGGUUGUUAUUAUUUUCAAUUUUUUGGUAAUAUUAAUUCAAAUGUUUAUUGAAAUGAAAUUUGGAUGAAAAACUUAUAUUUGCCUUUUCUAAACAUGGUAUAAUUUUCAAGUUUUUUGCAUAUUUUUUUUUGGUAGUUACACUGGUAAUAAAAUUGGUAGACCGAAAUUUAACAGGAGGUUAAUUAUAAAUUGUACUUAGUAUUCAAAAAGAAAUAGUCCAAUGUAGUAUUUUGUUUUUUUUUUUUUAUAAGAAUUUUAAUGUCAAAUUUGGUUAAAAAUUGGGAAUAACAUGGCCUUUCAAAACAUAUAUAGUUGAACUUCACUCAGAAUUAUUUUUGUUACAAAUGAUUAGUUGUUGCAUACAGAUAUACAUUAAGUUUCCCUGUAUUCUACCUUCCCAACUUCUCAUCUAUACCAGUGACCAAUAUGUCGUAUGAAGUCGUAUAUUAGUCUUUUAAAAUGUAAAUUUAUUACAAAAUAAAAAUGAAACCAAAUAAAUUUAUAAAACUAGGAUUACAUUUUUAAACAUAAAAUAUGAAAUAAUAAAUUAAUAAAUGUGUUGCUUGAGUAUUAUUAUAAAUUUGAUGAGAAAACUACUGUGAAAAAUUACCUCUAAAAUAUCUCUCCACACUGAUUUCCUUUCAGAAAAUAUGCUACAUUUAUUCGAGUAAGACUUCUGGUAGAAAAUUUGUUAACAGAUAAAAAAAAUAAACAUUUUUAAAAAACCUUAAGGUUCUUCGUUCCUCUUAGAAUCUAACAUCACUUUUAAGACUAAUAAUAAUUUAAUCAAACAUCUAAACAAUAGAAAUAAAAACUUCACCAGAAUUUCACGAGAAUCCCCCUUCUUUCGAAAACGCUGAUAUAUAUAAACUUAAAUGUAAAUGUAAUACAUUUUAUAUAGGUAAGACAAAUAGACAUUUUAAAAUAAGGUAUACAGAACACAAUUCUGAAAUAAUAUUUAAAAAAAGACUGCUCCUAAUUUAAAUUUUGCUUAACAUGUUUUAAAAAAUAUCUAUAAUACGAACAUUGAUAUUAAUACAGACUUAAGAGAUAUUAAAUACCCAAAAUAACAUUUACAUUAAUUCAAGUUUUAGAAGAAUUACACAUACCCAAUGCAAUAAAGAAAAAUAAUUUUAAUAUUUUAAAUGUACAAAUCGAUUUUAAAAAUAAUAUCUUAUAUCAAUAGGUACAUUUUAGAUAAUAAAUAAUAACCAAAUAAUUUAUAUUUCUUAACAUGUCUAAUAAUAACCCAUUUUAAAUAAUCUCUAAUAUUAAAAUAAAUUAUUUCUAUGUAAAACGACCAAUUUGAAUAAUUUUUAUAUUCAUUCGUGUUUUAUAUUUUGACUAUGAUAUACCUGAUGAAUUUUUAACAUUUGAAACAUUAAACAAAGUAUAAUACACUUAUCAUAAUUCUCUAAGUGACACACAUUUAUUCAUUUAUUUAUUUUUAUGUAUUCAUUUUUUUUUAUUUAUAUAUUUAUUUACUAUAUUUAUAAAUCUAAACAAAUGAGGCUAUAUAUAUAUUACAGGCAAUGUGGAAAUUUGGGCAAUUAAAAAUAAAAAUAUAAACAAAUUAAAUAAGUUAAUCAUUUUCUUGUGCAAUAUUUUUCAAAUUUAAUAUAUUAUUCUUCAGCUUCAUCCCAACUAUUUAACUAUCUUAGUUCUAAACUUUCACUUGACUCGAUCUCCCACCUUUUUUUCAAUUUUUAAUUUAUUAUAACUAACAUUUAUAUAAUAUUGAUGGAAAAAUUGAUUAUUAUAUUAUUAUUACCUAUUUAAUUGUACAUAAAUUACUUGAAUUUUAAAGUAUGUCUACUUUUCUACAUUUGUAUUUACUAGUUUAGUAAGUGAGAAAAUCAAAAAAUGACCUCUUUAUAGUACCUCCCCAGUCAGAUUUCUGUUUAGAAUAAUUGCUAUCAUUAUAAAUCGGAUCAAAAUUUCUGGUAGAAAAAAGUUAUCCAGUUGAAAAAAAAAAAAAUUAAUAUCUUUGUAAAACCAGAAGUUUUUUUGCUCCAUUUGGAAUCUAAAAUAAAACAUAAAGAAUUGUAAAAAUUAUUCAGUAUGACUUUAAUUAUUUAAAAUUGUUAGGUUAGGUUUUUGAUAACCCGAAACAAAAAGAAACCUCUCAUUUGUUUAUAUUUAAAAACAUAUAUAUUAUUAUUUUGUUCUACUAUACUUUUUGAAAUUUAAGUCAUUAGUGAUAUAACUGACAUUUUUUCAGUAUUUUUAAAUUGAUUUUCAUUGUACAAUAUACGGUGAUAAAUGUAAAAAAACUAUUUUAGUUCAUAUUUAAAUAUUUUAAAUUAUUUUUAAGGUAUACCCACCACAAGAAGGAAGUAAAAUUAUGGGAACAGAAGAUGAUUAUGAUAAAGCCAAACAAUUUUUGAAUGAAAAUAGACUGAGUAGUGUAGGAACUCUAUCUACCUCUGAGUGGGAAGUUGCAAGUAAGGAAUACAGUGCGAUUAUUUUAUCACGGACCAAAAAUAAUCUAUAAAGAUGUUAAGUAAAUUUGUUUUUUUUUUUUUUUUUUUUUUUUUUUUUGUGACGUUAUAUCUUAAUGAAUUGUUUAAUAAUCUAAUUUACAAUAUUUUAAAAAUUUCACUCUAAAAUAAAAUCAUAAAACAAUUUGAUGAAAGAAAAAAAUCAAAAUCUUUAUAGACAAUCUAUGGUUUAUGAUAAAAUAAUUACCCUAAAUGGGAAAAUUUAGUUACUAAGCCAUAAGCAAAACAAAUCAUCACUGCAUAUUCUGAUCUAAUAAUUAUGAGUAAUACAUUUCAUUCAUUUUAUUUUCAGCUUUGUAUAUGGUGUUCAUGUUUCAAAAACUUUAAUUCAGUGAAUACAUGUUCUUAGAUCUAAUCAGGCUUAUAAGUUGUUAAAAAAAUGUGUCAGUUACUAUUUUAAUAUUAGCUAUCAUGGAAGCAUUUUACUAUCAUUUUAUGAGCCUAACUUUAACUUUAAGGCAAUAAAUUCUUAAUUAAACACUCUGACAAUGUAUUAUUGUUUGAAUAAAAAUAACUGAUAGUUAAUUUUGUAUAACUUUUAUUAAUUUGUUGUGUUAACAUUUUUUUUUCCUUUCCUGUUAUUAUUGGGUUUCAAUUUUUUGAUUUUUAAUCCAUAAUAUCUCAAAGGUUCUUCAAAAGGUUUUGUUUUACGUUUCACAGAUACUUCUAAAUCUUCAUUACAUAAUGGUUUAGUGUCUAUGCUAAAUAAAUCAGUAGAUAAUGAGUUUUCAAUGAGUUCUUCAUCUUGUUCAAAUGGCUCUUGUUCAUUGACUAUCAUUUUGUUAAUAGGUAUAAAUGAUAAGUCAUUGGAUGGCUUAAUAUUUGUUAUACCUCCUGGUACAAAAGCCUUACCUUCUCUGGGUUUUUUUAAUAAAUAAUUCUCAAUAUCAAGAUUUAAUUCUAAAUGAUUUUCUGCAAUUUGUAAUACUUUUUUUGGUAUUUGUUGAUGAUAUGGGUUUUUAAAUUUAUUUGAUAACUGAAUUACAAUUUGAUAGAGAUUAUGUAGGGAACUUUCUGUGUUAUUCAAUAUAUCAAUCUAACAAAAAAAAACUAAAAAUUUUAAAAGGUCAUACAUUGUAAAUUGCAUGUAAAAAUCAUACAAACCUUUAGUCCUAAUGCUGCAGAUGAAAAUCCAACUAUAAGUUUUGUAACUGAACGCAUAUUUGGAAGAAUAACAACAGGUACUUUUUUUGCAGCAGUCAUUAAUAAUAAAUGUUUGGAAAUCAUAGAGUUAGAUACAUCGUCAGCAAUCAAACAACAAGCGAUCUGAUUUUUUUCAAUAUUUCUACUAACUUCAUUUAUACCCAUUUUCAAAACUAACCU